UUCAUCUGAUCUAUGCACGUCGUUAUCAUUGACAAUGCAGAACACAACGGUACAUCAAGGCCUGGUUGGAACCAAAUAUGUAUCCGAUAAAAACAUGCUCGACAAUGGAACCAACGUUCCAUCCAGAAAAUGUUUUUGCAAUGAAGUAGAAUGUCAACCUAGUGGAGUCUUGAAUAUUUCUAGCUGCAAAUUUGGAGCACCGGCAUUUAUUAGUUUACCACAUUUUUAUCUGGCUGACGAGAGCUACAGAAAUUCCAUUACGGGAAUGAAUCCAAAUAAGGAAAAGCAUGAGUUCUCGAUGACUUUCGAACCGACAACAGGGAUACCGAUACAGAUUAGGGCCACGGUACAAAUCAGUCUCUUGGUACAGCCAGAUGAUGCUAUGUCGCUCUUCAGAAAUGUACCAAAAACGUAUGUUCCCAUGAUGUGGUUUGCACAAAGGGCUGAUCUGCCUAGCAGUUAUGCAAGCGGGAUCAUAUUUCUUCUAAUACUUCCAACGCUCGGUUGCGUUAUAUUUUACGGUAUUGCUGGAAUUGGCGUACUUCUCUUCUUCAUUGGUAGUGUCUUAUUUGUUCGAAGAAGACGAGGCCAUAAUGAAGAACAAAAACUGAUAGCGAAGAAGGUGAAAACCGACGUAUCACCGAUCGUCGAUGAAUUUUAAAUUAAAUCAUUUUUAUAGAAAUCUAGGUACUUCUAUUAAUACAGGAUGAGAGUUUUUGUUUUCGUAUUUUUCUGCUUUAUGAUUAAAAUAAGAUUUACCUAUAUUGAUAGAACACCGUCCGCAUUGUACGUUCCGUGCAAAGCCUGUAAGCGAAGAACAUCGCAUACAUUUUUGUAAUUACUGCGUAUUGUAAAUAGCUAUCAUUUUACCGAUUUUCUGGAAUUUACUUGUAUUUAUGUAAAAUUUUUUAUUAUUUUUUAUAUAUAUUCAUUUUCCUUAAA